UGAUAAAAUGCUUAUCGGCUGACUACCGCACUUUACGGUGAAAGCUGGGGAAAGUCGUUUUCAAACUGAAUGUAAGAAUAUUAUUAUUUAUAUUAGUGUUAAAGCAUAAUGUUUACGGCAACGUGUAUCGCUCCUGUUAAUAUGGCCCUAGUUAAAUACUGGGGCAAACGAAACGAGGAACUAAUACUGCCAAUCAAUGACUCCGUCAGCAUGACUUUAGAUGCUAACGAGAUGUGUGCAAAGACCACAAUAAGCGCAUCGGAGAGCUUUAAACAGAAUCGAAUGUGGUUGAAUGGCGAAGUAGUGCCCUUCGAGGAGAAUGCCCGAUUGAUGCGUUGCGUGGAAGGCAUACACCGUCUGGCUCUGGCCAAUGGUGCCCACAAGUUUCCAUUAUCGUGGAAGGUGCAUAUCGCAUCUUACAAUAAUUUCCCCACUGCCGCUGGUCUGGCAUCGAGUGCAGCGGGUUAUGCGUGUCUCGUCUAUACGCUGGCACGUCUCUACGAUUUGCCCAUGAACGAGGAGCUAACUACAAUUGCUCGCCAGGGCAGCGGCUCGGCGUGUCGCAGUUUAUACGGCGGCUUCGUGCACUGGCAACGGGGCACAUCCGCUGACGGCAGCGACUCCAUUGCCGUGCAGUUGGCGCCCGCUGAGCACUGGCCCAAUAUGCACAUGCUGAUCCUAGUCGUGAACGAUGCACGCAAAAAGACCGGCUCGACCAAAGGCAUGCAGCUGGGCGUUCAGACAUCCGCAUUGAUACAGCAUCGCGCCAAAGAGGUUGUGCCCCAGCGUGUCAAGGAUCUGAUAGCGGCGAUUGAUGCGCGUGACUUUGAGUCUUUUGCCGAGAUCACCAUGAAGGAGUCGAAUCAAUUGCAUGCCAUCUGCCUGGAUACCUAUCCGCCGUGUGUUUACAUGAACGACGUGUCGCAUGCAAUCGCGAAUUUCGUGCACGAUUACAAUGAGACGGUGGGCUCCGUGCAAGCUGCUUACACCUUCGAUGCGGGCCCAAAUGCCUGCCUCUAUGUGCUGGCCGAGAACGUGCCGCGUCUGCUGGCUGCCAUCCAACUGGCGUUUCCCAAUGAUGCCUCGCAAAGUGUUGAGUAUCUCAAAGGGAUUCCAGUGCCGCCAGUUGAGGUGAAGAACGGUCUUCGGGAUGUCUCGAUUGGGCAUGUGAAUGCCAAGAAUAUGCUCAAAUAUAUAAUCCAUACGAAAAUAGGCGAAGGUCCCAAACAGCUAAGCGACGAGAAGAGCCUGCUAAUCGAUGGCUAUCCGCUGACCAAAUAGUCUAGGCUCUAUAGACACCAUAAAUCUCUAGAUUCCGGGCUCAAAUUAGUUAAUUUGAUUAAGUGUGUUAAUAUGUAGAAGAAUUCUAGCUAGGUCUCGGGGAACUUUUCAUGCAACUCAUAAGAUAUACAUCACUUAUUUAUCUUUCUACCUUUUUUUUAUGGUUGGUUUUUUGUAUAUAUUUAUUUAUUAUUGUUUCUUUUAUAAAUAAAUAUAAUUUUUUCUUUUAGCUCAAUUUAUUGUUUGAAGAUGCAUAAUUUAGAUACACCUUUUUGCUUAUUCAUUUAUAUUGUAUGAUUUCUUUUCUUUAAAAAUAUUUUGCAUAAAUAAAUAAACAUUGCUUCACUGUGCAUGCAAAUUGGAGAUGGGAGCGUGAUUAGCUCCGCUAUGUGCCUUAAAACAGUCUCGAAUCGAAACAAGACAAAGCAAGAAAACAAAACAAUAACAAAUGGCAAAAGGUGACAAUAAACGUUUUUCGAAUUUUAGGCAAACUAAAUGUAGAUCAAAAUAAACAAAUACAAAUCACAAUUAGAAUUUUGUAUGCUAGGCCAAAUGUAAUUAAACUAGAGUUUCUAUAAGUAAUUCAUAACAAAAUAUAUUUAUAUGUGCAAAUAUGAAAAUAAAUGUUUUUUAUUAUAAAACUGAA